GUUUUGAAUCCAGCUUCAGCUGAAGACAAAGAAUCCCCCCCAAAAAAGUGUAUGUUGCCAGAGAAGAGCCCAAAAGUCCCCACAACACACUGGAAGAAUCAGCUAAGCAAUGGAGCCAGUGUCAACCGUCCCACCGGAUUCCAUCCUGGAAGAGGAAAGUCAAUGCUCCCUGCCCAGAGCAUUGGCCACGGCCUUGACCCCGACUCCGACUCCGACCCCAACCCUGGCCUUUCCUCAGAACUCCUCUCUGGUCGCUGCAGGCACAGAUCUUCUCCACAAGGUGGAAAACAUCCCCUCUCGGUUUGAGCCGGCUCCUCAAACGGGCCAUUCGAUCUUCAAGGAGCAGUUGAUCUGCUCUUACGAGGUCCACAAGCUGAACGUUGAUACCGCCGCCACACCAUGCUCACCGCCGGCUGCAGAGAUGCUCAGGGGGACCAUCGAUUACGUUCAAAGCAACCGACCAGUGGCGCACAGUCACUUCCCCGGCCUCAUGAGCCCCUUCCAGGCCCCCGUGUUGAACCCACCCACCAGAGAUUUUCCUCCUGCCGUUUGUCCCAGACCUUGGAACUGUCAAGGUUUCCCAUCUCCCGGUACCAUGGUUUGUGGCGGUUUGCCGCCGAUGCACUUUGAACCCAGGGCUCCCGGAAACUCCUGCAUGGUGAACACGGGUUACCUGCCUCCCCCGCCUCUGUUCAGCUUCGGUUCGGGCCCCUGCAUGGUGAUCAACAUGCCGGAGUUCUGUCACGGCGCGUGUUUACCUCCUCCCCAAAUGUUCUUCACACCUGAAGGUUAUCCCAGCUGGUGCAUGGGCCUCCCAUUGGAGGCGUUCUACCAGACCUACAGACCCGUUCUGGUUUAUAGCAGAAAAGACAACAUGGCGCUGAAUGGUCCUCAGACGUCGGAGGGUAGGAGGAAGGAAAAAAAAGAACACAAAGUUUUCCCGCCCGACAUGACCAAGGAACAAGGCAGCCGAGUUUCCUCAAAGCCUGUGGCUGCUUUUCAGGAUCGGCUGCAAAUGGAAAGGACCUGGGAGGACAGCAAGGACGUCCCCAACGCCUUCGGUCUCAAGAGCGAAGAAAAUGAGACUCCAGCGACAGAAAUCGGCUCCUUCAUGGAUCACCAGGAUGAUCUGGGCAAUGACACAAACUUGUUGGACAUGGAUGACAUGAACUGCCUCUUUCCUUCAGACCUGAACACCUUUGACUUCACACUGGAAGACCUGCAGUCGCUUAUGGAGGAGAGCGUAGACCCACCUUUAAAUGAGAAAAGUGCAGAGAAGACGCCUCCACCGCCAUCUGAAAUUGAAAGAAUAAUCCAGUACCUGCUGUCAGACGCUCCAAUCACAGAAUGCGAGAGAAAAUAUUACCAAAACAAGCUAGAUUUGUUAGCUGAAGACAAACCGAAGAAGAACCUGUGUGGCUUCUCUGCAAUCCAGCUGACACCCGUAGAAGAAAAACUAAUGUACCCGAACACGUCCUUUCCUCUGGGCAGCCAUUUUGAAGAUUUGACCAGUAAGAAUUCGAGAGAAGUCAACGAUGACUGCAGGAAGAGACGUAGUCAAAGAUAUUCGAAGAAACGUUUUCUAAAAACAGAGACACAAAGUCGAGAAACGGCAAGAAAAAAAGGCAUUCUUAAUGACAGCAAAUCGAAUUUCGGCACGGACAUCAGAUGGAGUCAGAGGGCGAAGGACCACACCAACGAACUGGACGGAGACGGUUACCCUUUCAGAGCUAGAGAUAGGAAACCAACCAAUAAAAAUCAGGAACACCGAAAGUUCAUGGACAAGUGGCAGGAGUCUAGAGUGCCAAAAGGAAAACCUCUGGAUUUCUUCAGAAGGAUGGAGAUGAGUAGCAAAUGGUUAUCUAGCAUAAAAGAAGAACAAAGAGAGAAGGUUGCGAGACAAAAACCUCAAAGCAAAAAGACAGACAGAUUGAAGCCGGCGCCAAAGACAACCAAACGCUCCUCGUCAAGGAAAGCAGCGGGGGUGAACGAGUACAAAGAUUCAGGCGAACCUCUGCGGCCCCGGAGCCUGAUGAAAGGUGGAAGAGCAAGAGAGACGAAGCGCAAAAUAACUCAACCUGCUAAAGCGUCCAGAAAAACAAAGGCAGAGGCUUACAAAGCCUACUUUCCACCCAAACUGUCUGUUAAGUCCAAAAGCAACACAACGGUUGGCAAAUGCAGUCAAAAGGCCAAAUGUAAGCCAAAAUGUACCUCCAAAAGGAUGAAGACGCUCCCUUCUGUGAAAACAGCUGAAGGAGGUCCAGAGUCAGACGGUUUUCCGUAUCCAGCAUUUAGUGAAGUGCAGAAGAAGCAGCGAUUCCUAAGGGGCAAAACAAAAAAUCAGAAAAUUUCACAAAGGAGAGCAAAUGGGUUAAAAAUAAAGCCUGAAGCGUUCAAAGAAGCAUAUGAGGAAGAGGAAGAAGAAGAGCCCACAGGUACAGUGAAGAAGCACAAGCAGAGAAGCAAUACCUCGGAAAAGAGGAAAGGGGGCGCCGACGAGACUCCGGAAAUACUCUGCUCCAGUCGGGACUCUGAGCAGAGAGGGCCCAAAAUCAGGAUAAAAAGGGAAAGAGGGACUUUAAGAGCAACCUGGCUUCAUAUAGAGUGACAAAUAAACCCCCAAAAAGCAA